AACAAAUGUAAAAAGUGAUUAAAAUAAAAUAAUUUAGUUUGUCAAGUAGCAUAAAAACACAAAACUGGCCUAGUCUGCCGCCCACAGCAACGACAACAACAGUAUGACUGAAACAAUAAAGCAAAUGCUUGGCCCCUGCUUAGCUAUUAUUGCGGUUCUACAUGUCCUUGUUCAACCAACAGACGCAUCAUCUGGUGCGCUGCCCAUGACCAGUGAAAAUAUUGAUAUGACACUAGCGUCUAACGAAUUGGUUUUCCUUAAUUUUUAUGCGGAGUGGUGUCGGUUUAGUAAUAUUUUAGCGCCAAUUUUUAACGAAGCGGCGGAUAAGAUUAAAGCGGAAUUUCCAGAAGCUGGAAAAGUAGUGCUAGGAAAAGUGGACUGUGAUCGCGAAACAGCAAUUGCCUCACGAUUCCAUAUAAGCAAAUAUCCCACAUUAAAAAUUGUGCGCAAUGGACAGCUUAGCAAGCGUGAAUAUAGGGGGCAACGCUCCGCUGAUGCGUUCCUGGAGUUUGUCAAGAAACAGCUGGAGGAUCCCAUUAAGGAGUUCAAAUCACUAAAGGAUCUGGAGCAAAUGGAUUCCAAGAAGCGUAUUAUUUUGGGCUACUUCGAUAGACGUGACCAACCCGAAUACAAUGUAUUCCGCAAGGUUGCCACAAAUCUUAAAGAGGAUUGUCAAUUCCACGUGGGCUUUGGUGACGCCUCACAGGCCAUGCAUCCACCAGGCACGCCUAUUAUUGUAUUCAGACCAGAUGUGGCUCUGUCCCAUGACAAUGAUGAAACCUACACGGGUAGCUUGAGUAACUUCGAUGAGCUCAAGAUUUGGAUACAGGAGAAAUGCGUGCCGCUGGUUAGAGAAAUAACAUUCGAAAGUGCUGAGGAGCUGACAGAAGAGGGACUGCCGUUCCUAAUUCUGUUCUAUCGCCCCGAUGAUUUGAACUCUAUUAAAGAUUACAAAGCAAUUAUUGAACAGGAGCUAUUGGAUGAAAAACAGAACGUAAAUUUCCUGACUGCAGAUGGCAAACGAUUUGCGCAUCCUUUGCAUCAUUUGGGCAAAUCGGAAGAUGAUCUACCCGUUAUUGCUAUUGAUUCGUUCAAGCAUAUGUAUCUGUUUCCUCAUUUCAAUGAUAUGUACAAACCUGGCAAGCUCAAGCAGUUCCUACAGGAUCUCUACAGCGGGAAGUUGCACAGAGAGUUUCAUUAUGGGCCGGAUCCCACAAGUAAUGAGGUGCAUGCGGAUCCUUCUAAGGGCACUUCUCCGCCAGAGUCGAAAUUUAAGGAGCUGGGCCCAUCCAAACAUCGCUACACCUUGCUAGAGAAAGAUGAACUGUAAUAUUACAAAUGUAAAAAAGUGAAAUCAAAAAACAAAAGUAAUUAU